GAUGACCCAGCUAGGAGACUCGAACUCCGUGUAUCGACCAUCCAAGGCCAUCACCAUAGCGGACUGUGGUCGUCUCUCCGGCUGAGCUCUACCCUCUCCACUCCUGUU